GUGGUUUUUUCAAAUACUUUGUGGCAUUAUUACAUAUCAUUAAGAUCACCUUCUCCUCAUUUAUUUCAAGGUAUUCAUUAUUAUCAAUAAUUAUUGAUGAAUAGCCUAAAUACCCGUAUAUGGCAUUAAUUUAAGUAGCCUACAAGCAUCAGAUUACCUAAUUGUGAUCAGUUUGGAAGACAUUAGUCUUCCAAACUGAUCAUUAGUCUUCCAAACUGAUCAUCAUUAGUCUUCCAAACUGACCAUAUUUGGAUUGGUCCUGUCAAUAUUUCUAAAGAAAAUUACUUUUUCUCAGUGCACUAGUUCAGGGAAGGAUUGGUUUUUAAAUGUAUCUGCUGCAACAAAUGUAACCAUUAUAUCCAUGUUAUUUCAUUUUGGAGGUAAAUUGUUAUUGUUGCCAGGGUCCCAUUUUCUUAUUUCGGGCUAUUAUGCAGAACGCUUUGAAUGAUCUAUAAAAACCCAAUCUAUUUCCCCGUUUUGCCCAAUAACCUAGGUUAUUUUCAACAAUAGCUCUCCAACUCUUGGAUUUUAGCAGAUAAUUUGACUCCUCUGCCUUGUAGUAAUAUUGUUUCCUAUCGCUGCUUGAUAUCACUUUUCUCCCUGUGUUUAUGUUAUGUUAAGCUAAGAACUAAAGCGAGGUCCCAUUAACGACACGUUUAUGAUCAAUCAAAUUAUCCUCGUAAAACAUUUAUUGAAGCACAUAAAAAACACGCAAGGCAACUAACUGGAUGAAUCGGGCGCUUUUCAGGACGCUCCCCUCUAAUAAUUUCUGCCUGUAUUUUGAACAAUUGUUCCACUUUCAAACAGUCCGUCGCUAUAUUUUGGACUUUUUGACGCGUAUCCAUUUCUUCUACUUUGAUGCAAUGUAUCGAGUAAUAAGCGAAGUACAUUCCUACAUUAGUAUAGAAAAUAUAUUAUUUAAACGUACAAAGUCAAUAGAUAUAAUCUCCAAAGCAAAAAGGUAAGCAAUUCGAUGCUGUAUGACAUGCACCACGACAGAGAUGGAUUACAUCAUCAAAUAGUGCCCUGCAAGCUUUUAGAGACGGAGCCAAGUGUGCGUCGGUCCGUGGAGAUGCGACAUCCCCUUAAAGAUACGCCAAGUACUUCUAUACAUGGUUGUUGAAUUUACCUCAUAUUUCGUUCCCAACUAACAAGGUAACUUUUAAGAGCAGAUUCUUUAAUCCGAUUCACGACCACAGGCGUUGCAUGGAAUCUCGCGCAUUGAUCCACUGUACAAAUGUCUGUGAGGGUAAAUAUAAUCACGUAUAAUCACGUGUUGGAAAGGCAGCCAAUGGCAGCGAGGCAAGCGUUGGGAAAUAAUUACCUGCCUUGAUUGUUCUAUGGUAGAUACAAAAAGUACACAUAAGCUCCAUAUAAUAAUCGGAUGCAUGUAAAAGGCUCGGGAAUCUUCGCCAUGUCGACCACGGGUCCCAUAAGUAAUUAUUAUGUGGAUUCCUUGAUCAACCAUGAAAACGAGGAUGUCCUCGCGCCUCGGUUCUCGGCGCCUGGUUCGCACCCCGCCGUCCCUCGUCCGACUUCCCUGGUCGCGGAGUGUGUUGACUAUCCGUCCUGCAGCUUCGCACCGAAACCAGCAGUGUUUUCUACCUCCUGGACCCCUGUACACUCCCAGCCUUCGGUGGUUUACCAUCCAUACAGUCAUCCACCUCAUUUAGGAACCGACUCGAGAUAUAUGCGCUCAUGGUUGGAACCGAUAUCCGGUGCCAUGCCUUUUCACGGGUAUCCAACGAACAGCAGACAUUACGGGAUAAAGCCUGACGCCUUUCAGGAGCACAAAACGAGCGAAUGCCCCGGCUCUAACGGACGCACCUACACGGAUUAUCUGUGCUGCUCCGUCGGUGACAUGCGGGACAAGACGCACCAGGACCUCCCCUCUCCCGCAGCGGAGCUCGCUGCAUCGGGGAAGCAUAAGGACCAGAAACCAGAGCUAGACCCCAAUAACCCAGUGGCAAACUGGAUACACGCACGAUCCACAAGGAAGAAGCGAUGUCCUUACACCAAGUACCAGACUCUGGAGCUCGAAAAGGAGUUUCUGUUUAACAUGUACCUCACGAGGGACCGCCGUUACGAGGUCGCCAGGGUGCUGAACCUGACGGAAAGGCAAGUGAAGAUCUGGUUCCAGAACCGGCGGAUGAAGAUGAAGAAAAUGAACAAAGAGAAGACCGAGAGAAAGGAGCCAUAACGGCAGCAAUGGACAUAAUCAGAAAAUACUGACCACCUGUAUCCCCACUGGCGUUGGACGGCACACACAGGCGACCCGCUCUCUGCUCCCAGCCGUCAGUCGGACCUGGUUUCAGCUCGUCGAGCCAUUUUGACGCUCACAAUAUUGGUUUUCAAUGCACUCAUACUUGUGAAGCUCUUAAAAAAGCCUAGGUUUUAGAGAGAAAUCUACGAUUUAUUUGAAUUUAUAUGUUUCACUUUAAAUCAAAGGGAAUUAAUACAGAUUUGGAUAUUAAACAUGCAAAAUAAGAGAGGGGAUACUUGAAUCGUUUAGAAUUUCAUUAGUGUAUAAUUUAUAAAGUUCAGGUGAACUUGUUGAUGAUUGUGUUCCCAAUAUUUCUCUUUUUCAUGCAGUCGUAGUAUUUUUGUAGGCUACAGAAAUAUUGAAUUGGUUGAACUUGUCUAUCUCGUGUUUUGUGUUACAUGUUAAUGUGUAGAAACAAAAUGUGCUUCUCUUAUUGUUUGACUAUUUUCUACAAUUUUGGUUAUUCAACGUAGAAAUUCCACCCUGACUAUUAAUACAUAUUAAAAUGUAACCAUAGCCUACCAUCUUAUUUUUGUGUAAUUUAUGUCAGUUUUUCAGGACACCAUAACGUUCAUUAACUUACAACAUUGAAUAAAUCGUGAACUACAAAAUGACACGAGUUAAUAUGCUGCUGCCUUAAAAUGCUUUUAUUUAAUAACUUUUUAGAGCUCCUCGCAGUUCUCUUGGCGUCUCUCCGGAAGCCCCGUGGGUCGACGUUUUGUGUGUGUCGGUUUCUUAACCAAUUUUACCUUGGGAAAAUGUUGCGGUAGUUUUGUAUUUAAAGCAUGCACAUUAUAAUACCAAUAGACAUGUAGGCCUAUAUUUUGUCACAAACUGAGCUUUCGUCUAAUUAGAAAGCCCAUUGUCUCAUAUCCUUUCCUAAACUCUGCAUCUUUUUAGGGAAAAGAAACAGCAAAAAAUAAAUGGUAAACACAAAUACAUUCAAUCCUAUUUAAAGGUUUAUCCAGAAUGUUAUAGCAAUGCAUUUUUUCACAGAAUUCCAAUAAUUUAACUCACUUUAUUUGUUCUCAUUGUCACACUGGGGCCUAUUGCUUUAAUUAUAAUAUUGCUUUAACGAUUUAGUCUAAUCAUAUAAAUGUUUGCCUUAAUCUUUUGGCACAUAUGGUAUGAAGGAAAUAUGUCCCCUUCUUAUACCAUAAACUGAUCUAAUAAAUGUGGAUUAUUCCUCUAUAAUACAAACUAAUCGUACAGCCUGGAAAUGUAAAAAGUCUGUCUAAGGAAGCUUUUAUGGAAAGUGCUAUUAGUCAAGUUCUGAGAUCAAACUAUAUGGCGUUGAGGAAAAAAAAUCCAAUGUCCGACAUUUGUUUCUUCGGAUGGGCUUCCUCGAUUGCCUUUUUGUAGUGGCAAACAAUGCAGACAGGAUGUUGCAUUUCCAAAGCCAAUCUAUUGCAUUUCCGCACUGCAAGCACCAAAAUGCUAGUUUUACAGCCCUGUUGGAGCACGGCUGUUUGUCUCAAAUGCAGACGAACAAAGCAAACUCGACUAACCGGCUAGACGUCUGGGCUAAAUUACUUUAUGGUUUUAAUGGACGCUAUUGGUGCACUGGUUCAAAGCAGAACCAUAUAGGUUUCGUUGGGAGGGGUGGCCUGGUGGGCUGCUGCCCGUGUGUUUCACCACGUGAGAGGCUUUUAGUCGUCAGAGCCACAGAGUAGAUAUGGAUGUUAUAACGUUCACUUUCCUAUUUGAGGAGUAGCACGAAGAGAGUUAAACCAAGCUUAUACAUGUUCAAAGAGAUGUGUUUGGCCUUCAAACGCAUAGUCUAUAAUUUAUAAUUGAUAUUGAAAUAAUAAUUUACGCAUUUAUGUUGAUUUCCACAUUUUGGGUUAUUUGACCUAGUUCGAGUACAUAGAUAUCUUGAACAUGGCUGCAGGCAUUCAGCGGCCUGUGUUUUGUGGAAUCUGUGUGUUAGGGAUCAGACUCAACGCUAGAUGACGCUGUUGGUCUAUGUUUUGUACCAGCUCUCACAUAAUCUAAGGACAUUUACAAGAGCGACCUAACGUUCACUAAAUUAUAAUACAGGCCGCUCUCCAGUAAUAUUCUGCUGUUGAAAUUAAGCAAACCAACUCCUCGUCUGCAUU